AUGAAAUUCAGCCUUGGAUAUGCGACGCUCUACCGCCGCCGUGGCCCCCAACGCUCGGAGCCGGCGCCGUCGUUCCCUGCAGCAUCCUCGAUCGACAAGGCGCCCAGCGCAGAGACGUAUAUGAUGUCGUUCCCAAGCGGUGACGUCGCCCCGCCCAUGUACGUCUAUGACGCGGAAUUCGACGCGCUUCCGGUGUACUCGCCCCCGCAUCAGGACUUCGCUGUCGCUCCCACCCUGCGCGGCCCCGUGCCCCCGGUCCCGCACCCGGCCAGUAGGACGCCUGACAUCGCUGAGAUGCUCGACGACGCGAACUCACAGCUUGGGAUUGCGAGUUGGCGUUUCCGCAUGCAAGGACGAGUUCGACGAAGGCCGGCGCUGGACGUGCCAAGCCAGAGUCUAUCCUUAGUUGUCUGCUAUCUAGUAAAACCCCAGCGCUAUUGCAACCGGGUAGCACAACCAAAUCUUGGCUGUUAUCCUCUUGUGCGCGAAGCUCGACAGCAUCCAAUCGCAUCAUUCACCUGUUUCCUGUCCUGUCGUGCUCACGUCAGGUGUGAACGAAUCAGGGCUGUCGGUGCUACGCCUCCACCAGUUACCUGUAUAAAUGCACCGUUUGCUGGGACGACAAAGGCACAUCGACUCUUUUCCUCUUCUGUUCCCUCCCUUCGUUCUACACUUCCCCGACUUUCUUUUCGGCUAGCCCGGCUACUCGCUCAUUCUUCGCUUCGUUCGCACAGCAUCUCAAGUGACCUAGAGUUCACCACCACUACCGACAUUAGCCCCCACGACAAUCCCAGAAUGUUUGCCAAUCUCGCUGCUUCACUCAUCGCCAUCACCCUCGCCACCGGCGCCAUUGCGGUGCCCGUUGACACUUCCCGUGUUGCAGCUCGCGGCUACGGAUCCUCAAGUGUUUCUUUCGAAAACUGGGGCGGCAUCAGCUCGCUUCAUGGCUUCGACAACUUCUAUGGCUCUGACGACUUUGCCCACUUCAAGCACUUCUCCCCCGUAGUCGUCCGCCAGUCGACCCCCGAACUCGUCUGCCACUCCCAGAAAGUCGAGAUCGUUCAACAGCGUCUCGCUGUCCUCCAGGAGAUGGCAAAGCGCAUCAUCACGGAGCAGUUCUGCGAGGUCGAGACCCAGACCAUCGUCUUCCAGCAGUACUACGCCUCCCUCGGCGGGUUUUCGCACGACCUUCGCCGCAGCAGCGGGCGCCACGUUGGCUACGACGGCUACAUCUCGAGCCACUUCGGCAGCAUCUACAACUCGGACGGCACGCUCAGCAACUACGACUUCAACUUCACGGGCUCUGACAUCGGCGCGAGCUACUACGUCCCCACCAACAACUGGAACGAGGAGACGUCGUAUGGCACCGUGGGCAGCGCUUACCAGGCGUCCCAGGCCGCGUCCUUCUACUACUACUGA